AUGGUGCAGCUAGAGCGCGUCUUCCGCCGCAUCGACGACGCCGAGAAGCGCAUCCGCUACAGCUUCGACCCUGGGGAGCAGCACCUCGACGACGCGCUCCAGCACGACCCCCCGGACGCAGAGCGCAUCCACGUGGGCCUGCUCGCUGUCGACGCCGGCGUCGGCUCCAUCAAGGCCGGCAUUCGAGAGGCCUACAACAUCCCCUGCGAGUGCGACGAUGAUGGUGAAUCUUCGUCUUCCACUACAUCUCCCUCACAGUCACAGGUGUCUGCCCCACCUGGCACGGCAACGGUGAUGACCAACAAGAUGGGCGAGAUACGCCAUGGCCCGCAGAUGAGCCACCUCAGACUCGCCGUGGGCGGCCUUGACGAACGCUUGCGCGGCUGCGCGCUCUGCCUCGCCGCCUUCCCCGAGGGCGCCGUCAUCAAGAAGCGGCUGCUCCUCCACUGGUGGGUCGCCGAGGGCUUUGUCCGCUCCGCCGACGAGGGCAAGAGCCGGUUCGACGACCUCACCGCCAAGGGGUUCAUCAUCCCAUUCACAGCCCCCAACGCGAUCUGCCGCACGGUGCACCGGUGCACGGUGCGCCCGUGGAUGCGCGACCUCCUGCUCAGCGUAGCCAGACGCAACGGCUUCCUUGAGCUGAACGCCGGCGAUGUCGAGUUCGCGCGCCGCGCGUGCCUGCGCGGUGACAAGCAGGCAGCCGGCUUCAGCGCCGCGGUGCGAGCCAUUUACAACAUUGGACAGAAGUACGUUGAGCUCAACGAGCGCUGGUUCGCCGGCAAGAAGGACCUGCGCGUGCUGCAGCUCGGGCAGUGGAGGGAGUUCAGCACCGCCCAGCAGAUCGCCAGCCCCAUGGACAGCCACAUCGAGGUCAGCGGCGUGGAGCGGUUCCGCGACAUGGAGAGCUGCAAGAACCUCAGGUACGUCAGCUUCCGGGGCAUCUUAAGGAUCAAGUCCCUGCCCAGCUCCAUCGGCAAGCUGCGCCAGCUCCAGGUGCUGGACCUCCGGGCCUGCCACAACCUCGAAGAGCUGGGGCAGGGCAUCGCCAAGCUCGAUCGGCUGGAGUACCUCGACCUGUCCGAGUGCCACCUGCUCGUCGGCAUGCCGAAAGGGCUCGGCCAGCUCACCCGGCUCCAGAUUCUCAAGGGCUUUGUGGUUGCCAACUCCAACAGCAGAGAUUUCUGCCAUCUGAAUGAGCUCACGAAGCUGGAGAAGCUCAGGAAGCUCGGCAUCGUCGUCGGCAGAAUGGCCGUGCCGGUGGAGGACGAGUUCCUGAAAUUGGGCGAGUUCAGGUCACUCGAGUCGUUGAGAAUCAGCUGGGCUGUGCUCAGCUCUGCCAAGAACGGCGUCACUGCUGCAGCAUCUCCCCGUCACUCGGUGGCGGCGACGAUGAAGUAUGCCCUUCCUCCUAACUUGAAGAAGCUAGACCUCCAUUGUUUCCCGUUCGCCGACUUUGCGCGAUGGGUUCGGCCGACGGGCGUGAGGAAGCUCUACAUCAGGGGUGGAAAGCUGGCGACGUUCGGAGAGGACGAAGAGGAAUGGGGGGCAGAGGUUCGUCGUCUGCGGCUGAGAUUUCUCAGCGAUCUUCACUGUGAUCAUGGUAGGCUUAAGCGUUUGUUCACGAAUCUCGAUCCGGGAAAUACUGAAAUCCAUGAAUGCCCAAACUUCAUACGUGGAGGCAUGGACCAUGGUAAACAUGAUGCAGGAGAAUCUGCUGAAACUCACGGUGCAGUAGAAGAAACGGACGCAUGCAAUGAAAUUGCUGUUUAG